AUGGCCACCGAUGAGGCCAUGGAACGCAGUACCGAACGUGCAGCUAGCCCUACAGCCCUCGACCAAGCCCCACCUGCGUCCGACGGUAUCUCGCACACAUUAGGAUCGAUACGAAACGGCAAUCAAGAUGACCAAUAUCCCUCGCUACGUGUCGUCUCUAAUCCAAGACCAAUAGAGUUCGAACAAACCGUCGCAAGUACGGUAUCCGCCAAGCCUCGACAGUUUAGAAGUCGCUACAGCCUGGGGAACACUUUAGAAUCAGUCCGGCAGUGGAGAGCGAAGAGAGAACAGGAAUACAUCCGUCAAAUGCAAGCCUUUGCUUAUGUCCCGUCAGACAGUCAGCUUCCAGAUAUCGAAAGAUUAAUAUCCUUGAAUCGGCCGCUGGAAGGAGAACCCACCUAUCAGUAUGCAGGCGCUGAUACUGUCCAAGCGGAACCGUGUGUGAGGAGGCCAGACCAUCAACUGUCAAGCGGGUUGGUUGGUUAUAUGACUAAAUCUCCUGAGUUAUCUGGACUCGGCAGCCACCAAGAUACUGUCAUUUCGCGGCACUUGGAUGGGUAUAGCAAACAAAAGGAUUCUCUUCUGACCCGCCCAUCACCUACUCCAUCUUUGCUAUCCAAGACCUACCAUGGAACACUGACAAUUCUGUCUCGUAUCGGCCUAAGAGAAAGCGAGACUCGACGAGGCUACACACGGAUCAGAUGGAAGAAUGGUCGGGACAAAUGGCUGUAUGAUGAUUAUGUCGAGCAUGUGCCAGGUGCUUUGGAAGACAUGAAGGCAUUCUUAAGGUCAUCAGCAUAUGUCACAACUGCUGAUAUGAAUGGUGGUAGUCAGCAAGUCACAACAAGCUCCACCUCUUCCUGUAAUUCAACUUCGAGCGCAUCACAGAUGCAACACUCUCCCUCGAGUAGAUUUACGAAUCAAUUACAAGGCUCGAAUAUUAUACCCACUAGCGACAGCCAAACGGAUGUUGAACUGGGUGAAAUGGUCUCUCAUCCUCCACUUCUCCUGUCAUGUCUUGAAAAAAGCAGAUAUGCAGUAGAGCUACGCCAAAAGUCUAUCAUAGGCGUAGCAGAUGAUAGGCAGUUGUUUUACACACUACGCCGUAUCUACCAUGAGCACCGAGGACGACUAAGACCCAUAUGGUCUCUGAAAACCCUGCAUAGUAUUCAUUUCAUGAAGUUUGCCUAUGGCGGAAGCCGCUACAUCGAUGUUCGAUGCCACGAAGAAAUCUGCGAAACGGGCAGACCUUGUGUCUGCGUGCCUCCCGAGCAACUUGUCCUCCCUAAAGGAAAGGAAUACGACUGUCGUCCGGUUCCUCCAAAGCUUUCCCCACCUAUCGGCCCACGACUCAUGAUGGACUUCUUCAACAACCCUCAGUACAUUGCCCCAAAUAGCACCUUGAUUGUUCAACAACUUCCGAAACGGGCAUGUGGGAAGCUGCAGAAUGAGUACAUAAAUCCUACCGAGGCAUGGGGUAUCUUUUACAAGGAAGACUGGAACUGGGCGAAGAUUUGGUGGAUUCUCGCAUUGGGCUUCUUCCCUCCAAGUUUGCUUUUUGGGGUACUGUGGACUGUUUUCAAGCAGGAUAUUUCGGGUGCUUUUGGUGUGGCGAGUUGGUGGAUGGCUGGUGCGUCAAUCAUUGUGGGUAUCGUUGGGACCUAUGAUAUGUGA